AUGAGACCUCGAGGCAUUUUUGCAGCCAUCUUGUGCUCUUCCAUUAUAUUACUAGUGAAUUGCGAAGGCCAAUUGCCGCAGUUUGUUAAUGCCGAUGGCUCGUUAUCAUCUGGUGGUCAAAGCGCCGCUUCCAACGUUUUUAACGGCGCCACAAAUGCCAUUGAGAAUGCGGGACAACAACUGGGCCAGCUCCCGCAAAGCGUCGCCAACGGGGCGGAAAAUGCCUAUCAACAUGGGCAACAGUAUCUUCAGCAAGGUAGAAAAAAUGGAUUUAGAUGCUUAUAAGUCUACUGACUUGGUUAAAAGUCAUGACUUUUUCGGAAGAGCCAUUUUAUACGAUGAAUGGUGUCCGAAGAUUCUUGGACAUCUUUCGUCGUAUAAAAUGUGUAUAUCAUUUGAAUAGUCAGAAAAUGGCUCCACCCGUCGUAUUCUUUCUAUUCUUCGACUUGGAAGGUCACAGUUUUAAAAUCUCUUUUUUUACUCCGGUUAGACCAUUUUAUACGAUGAAAUAUGUCCGAAGAAAUCUUUUUACAUCUUUCGUCGUAUAAAAUGUCUUCCUUUUAGAAAACUAUAGACCAGAAAACUCAGUUGUUAGCCAAAUUCAAAACCUCCGCUUUUUCCUUUACUAUCUGUUUUAUACGAUGAAAGACGUCCAAAAAAACAUCGGACAUCUUUCAUCGUAUAAAAUGUUUCCGAAGACUAUAUUUCCUGAAAAAACCCCUGAUCAUUUCAGGAGUCGAUGGAAUGAAAAACGCGGCGAAUCAAUUUGGCAAUCGACUCGAACAGUUUGGCAAUGAACUCGCCGAAGGCCCACGAAACUUCCUCAACAAUGUUGGCCAAAUGGGCACACAAUUCCAGAACGGAAUCGAUCAGGCGUUGCGGAGUGGUGUUGACAAGUUGAAGGAGCUGCAGAAUGCAAUUGGGGAGAAGUUCCGUCCGCUGAUGGAUAAGGCCGUCGAGAUUUUUGGGAAGCCCGGAACCGAAAAAGAACAUUGGAAUGAGGUGGGUGGCUUGUUAGCCCCUAAAGGAUGAAUUUUUUAAUUUUUUUUUUAAAUUUUGCAUGCUUACUCUAAAUAGGUCAUUAAUCAAAUACUGAAAAUCUUAGGAGCCAAUUUUUACCAACAGCCGAGAUAUUUCAACGCAAAAUGAGGAGAGUCGGCCAGACAAAAAAAUGCUUUUUCGCUUAUAGCUAACCAAAUACCCUAUGGAAAAUCAUGAUUUUUUGAGAAGCAUGUUAGGCCUCUCUCUCUCUCUGGAAAUAUAAAUAAUUCAAGUUUCUACAUAAAAACUGACAAAAAAUAUUCAUUUUAGCUGGUUAGCAACGUCGAAUCCACCAACUUAAGCCAGCAGGAGAAGCAAGAGGUCUACCAGAAAAUCGCCAACGCUACAGCCCCUCAGGUCAAUUCCAACCAGAUUCCGCAGCAGCUUCAGGGCCGACGGAAGCGAAGGAUCUGA